ACUACAGGAAAAAAUGGCGACCUCCGUGUGUACGGUGUCAAUGAUCAACUAACGUUUGCACAUGUUAUUGUCAAAGGAUCCGAUAGUCAAACGAUAAGAAUUAUAUGGAGCGAAAUGCCAACUUGGUAUCCAUCUUAAACGACAACAGAGUUGCGUGAAAACAUCUGUGCCUCAACACAAUCCUGUCAUGGAGCUCUACUGACAAUUCCUUCGACCUCAUGGCUUGGUUUUUGCUCUGACAUGCACUGUCAACUGUGGAACCUUACAUAGACAGGGCAGGGGCAUGUCCAGGCUGUGUGUGGUGUGUGGGGGCUCCAGGGGCAUUGGCAGGGCUGUAUCAAGGCUGCUGGCAGAGAGAGGCUGCAGGGUUGCUGUGGUGUCCAGGAAUCAGGAUGCUGCUAAGGCCACUGUGGUGUCCCUCGCUGGAGCUGACCAUGUGGCCUUUAGUUGUGACGUCUCCAGAGGAGAGGAAGUUCAGAAGACAUUUGAGACGAUCCAGAAGACCUGUGGAAACAUCUCAUACCUGGUCAAUGCAGCUGGUAUCAACAGGGAUGGUCUGUUGCUGAGGACCAGGCCCGAGGACAUGGUGGCUCUGCUUCAUACCAACCUACUGGGGAGCAUGUUGACAUGCAAGGCAGCGCUACGGAGCAUGCUCCACACCCAGGGAGGGGCCAUUGUCAACAUAGGCUCUGUGGUGGGGUUGAAGGGGAACGCAGGUCAGUGUGUGUACAGCGCCAGUAAAGCAGGUCUGGAGGGCUUCACUCGCUCCCUGGCCAAGGAGGUGGCCUCGCGCAAUGUCAGAGUUAACCUGCUGGCUCCAGGUUUCAUCCGGACAGACAUGACAGUGGGGCUGAGGGAAGGGGAGGGGGUGCGGACCAUCCCCCUGGGGAGGUUUGGGGAGCCUGAGGAGGUGGCCAAGGCUGUUCUUUUCCUCCUGGAGUCUCCCUACAUCACAGGACAGGUGCUGGUGGUGGACGGAGGGCUGCAGCUGGCCAUGUAGGGAGGCCCUCGACCCCUCUAUAUACACCUGGUGCCCACUAUACCUCCUAACUGUCAGCUGGGUGGUUUAGAGACUCUCAGAUGAGAAUUACAAUGGAGAGGUCUGUGUUUUCCAGUAUAUGUAUGUUUCAGCUUAGGAUGGGCUGGGUUCAUGCAUAGGAAAGGGAUAAAUAUAUGUUUUUUAUCUAUACUGAACAAAAAUAUACACACAACAUGUAGUGUUGGUUCCAUGUUUCACGAGCUGAGAUCCCAGAAAUGUUCAAUUUGCACAAAAACGUAUUUCUCUCAGAUGUUGUGUGGGCUUGACCUUGUAAUAAGUCAGGGCCAUAGAUAUGUAUACCUGAGUAUGGUUCAUGUAAUACUGUUGCCCCUAUCGGUACACAGUGCUGAGUCACAGGGUACUGCUCCACAUAGCUCAGAGGGGGUGUGUCUUUAUGUGAGUGACAGUUUUUCAUGGCUAACACUGCUGACUCCACUGUGUCUGACUCAGUCUGGCCCUCCACGCUCCUGAGGCCUUAACUUUGAUCAGCAGAUUUAAUGCUAUUACUCUUUCCAUGACUUCUAGGCACCUAGUGCUGACCAAAGCUCUCAUGUUUCACUCUCCCACUCCCCUGGGGGACCGCGACACAGCGCAGGCCCCAACCACUGCCCCCCCCCUUGAGCCCAGCCCUGGAGGGGCCCAGAGAGGGGGUAUGGAUGGGGUCUGACUGCCUGCCUAGUGCCUACAGCUGGAGGGGAUUUUUAGCCCAUGGAAUGUUUUGAGAGUCCAGUUACAGCUCAGGAUCGGUGGUGCAAAUGGAUGGGGUCAGAGGUGACUGUCAUGCUCAGUGUGGAGAUUUGAAAUGCUGUGAUCUCAUCUGUUAUUUCCUCCAGUGGAGAGACAUUUCACCUCCACUGGAGUGUGCUGCCCAGCCCCCUCACACACAGGUUGCUCAACAGUCACAUAUAUUUACACGUCAUUAGAAGCUUUCAUAGAUCUGGGGCAUCUGCACUCAUCUGCUGUCUAUCAUGUGACCUAAGAUCAAGGUGGAAACAAUGUAAACUAGGGAUCAAGGUCAAAUCUGAUAAGAAUUCUCAAUAAACAAUGGCAUUUCCCCUGUGAUGGAU